AUGGGCAGCGCGGAUGCGUUGAAGGCGCAGCUCAAGGAGCUGAGCGACCGGCGAGCCGCCCUCGAGCUGGAGGUCGCCCAGCGCAGCGCCCGCCUCGAAACGGCGGGCGUCGGCAUGGGCGGCGCCUUGGUGGACGGAGAGGGCUUUCCGCGGGCUGACGUGGAUGUGGCGGCCAUCCGUGCCGAUCGCCACGCCAUCAUCACUCUCACAAACGACCACAAGGCCCUCACUCGGCAGAUGGAGGUGCUCCUGCACCAGCUGCACGCCCUCUCCAGCCUGCCCGGCGCCGCGGCGCCGCAGCCAGCUGCGGCAGUGGCAGCCAGGCCGCCGCCACCCGUAGCUUCUGGGCAGCACAUGGCCAACGGCAGCGGCUCGCCCAUCGCCCAUCAGGCGGGACACUCGCUUCACCAGCCGUUUGCUGUGGUGGAUGAGGUGACGUCCGGCUCGCCCGCUGCCGCAGCAGGGCUGCAGCUGGGGGACCAGAUGUGCAGCUUUGCGGGCGUGACGCAGCAGACGGCCGGCACGCUGCAGGCGGUGGCGGCGGCACUGCAGGGGAACGAGGGGCGUGCCGUGGAGGCUCUGGUGCUCCGGCACGGUGCCCCGCUGGCGCUGCAGCUCACGCCGCAGCGCUGGGGCGGCCGCGGCCUGCUGGGCUGCCACCUGAGGCCGCUGUGA